AAUUAUUUGCAUUAUUGAAAUUACUUCAAUUCUCUAUUAAUAGCAAUUGACACCAGUUAAUCACCAACUUUUAUAUCAACAAUUGAUUAUGAUAGUCUCAUAUGUGUCAUUAAUCUUCAGUUAUUGUUUAUUGUUGGCGAGAGGAGCUGACUUCAUUCAUGACCCUUCCAAUGACAUAGACAUCAAUCUAGUUGCAACAUGGUCCACCACAGACUUCAAGUUGAAUUUACUUGAAAGUAUUUCAUCACAUAACCAUUCAUUAUAUUUGCAAGCCGUAUUACAUAUAUUUGAUAUAAAUAAUGAAGAUUCUGAAGAUAGCCCCAUCGAAUCGAAUUCAGAACAGUCGAAGUAUACUGAUAUUAUCACCAAAGUGAAUAUUGAAGAAGAAUCAAAAGGAUUUAUAGAUUUUGAUUUGAUAUAUAAAAUGUACUCCCCUCGAAUUCAAACUCAUUAUAAACACUAUAAAAAUGAAGUGGAACCAAUUUAUUCAAAGAGAUUGAUCGAAGAAUGUACCACCGAUUCUUUUGGAAAUCAAAUUUUAACUGACAAGAAAAAGAAACAUGACGCAUGGGUGGUGUACAAUAAACAACUAUAUUGUUCAAAGGAUGAUCUUUAUGCUUUGAAGACUGAUAAAUCGUCAGAUGCAGACAUUUUACCUUUUGACAGGGUAAUAGGAGAGAAUAACAAGGCUCCAUUGUUGGUAUUCUAUGGUGAUCAUGAGUCAAAUCAAUUUAGAGAAUUUUUUGAGAACUUGUAUGAAAGUGCUAAGUCUGGAAAAAUACGAUUUGUGUGGAGGUAUGUACCAAGUCAUACUGGUAAGCUUGAAGAACUAAAUGGAUAUGGAGUCGAUUUGACAGUAAAAAGAACAGAUUAUGAAGAAUCUCGAUCAAAAUCAUCUAAUUUAGAUAUCACUUCCGAUUUUUUGAAAAUUCAAACUUCACAAGAGCUUAAGCCAGUAAACAACGAAGAGUUAGAAGAUUUGGGUGUCCAAUUAACAUAUUUUAUCCUCAACAAUCAAUAUAACAAUAUCUCACAAUACGACUUUUUAACACAAUUACUUGAAGAAUUCCCCAGAUAUGCACACUAUGUAUCCAAAUUACCUAAAACUGAGAUUUACAAAAAGGCUAGAGAGCAAAUGCAUCAUAACGAAGAUGUUGGAUUAUCAACUAGCUCUUAUGAUUUGUACGUAAAUGGUUCACCUAUUAAUAAGUUAGACUUGGACAUUUUUAAAUUGUACGAAAAGAUCAAAAAAGAGCUCAAAUUGAUUAAUCAUUUACAAAGUCUUGGAUUUAGUGUUGAGCAAGCAAAGCUUCUUCUUACGAAAUUUGCUUUGAUUACAUCUGUCAAACAAACUCAAUUCCGUUCGGGAAAUUCUGUAAUGGGAAAUAAUGAAAAUAGAUUCAAAUUAUAUGAAGAUGUCUAUGAUAAGUCAAAUGGAGUAGUUGUGUUUUUGAACGACAUUGAAAAAGAUGAUGGUUAUCAGCAAUAUUCAACAGAUAGAAAGGAUGUGUAUCUUGGCCCAAACUCAUUCAUGUUAAGAUCGAAUCAAAUUCCUCCACUAAGAGAAAAUGUUCAUGACUUAAUAUUUGCCGUUAACUUAGCCAACAAAGAGCAAUUAAGGGUUAUGUUUACUUUAUCAAAGAUUAUUUUAGAUAAUGGUAUUCCGCAGCAAGUUGGUAUUUUACCGGUUAUUGGUGAAGAUCCAAAAGAUUUAGAACUUGCUGAAAGAUUCUACUUUUUAGUGAAGAGUACAAGUGUUCAAGAAGCGUUGGCAUUAUUGUACAAGUAUUUUGAAGCACCUGCUCUGGAUGAUGUCGAGACUUUGUUACGAUCUGUCCCAGUGCCUGAUGAUUUCAAUUUUGAUCUUGAAAAGUUCCAAUCCACUUUAAGGAAAUACUCCAUUGAUACUGCAUCAGUAAUAUUUAAUGGUGUUAUCUAUGAAUUGACCUCUCCAAAUUGGCAAAUAGCUAUGGGUCAGCAAUUAUCUCAGGAUAUCGCAUUGUUGAAGAGAUACAUUGAGGAUGAUAGAACCAAGGGAAAAUCUUUGAAGAGCUUGUUAUAUCAAAAUGCUAAAUCAGAAAGAAAUUUAAGAAUCAUACCCACGGAGCCAGGUGAUAUAAUAUAUAAGUCCAUUGAUGAGGACUUAAUUUCCAAAUCUAUUAGAUUCAGAAAACAAGAUAGGAGCAGAGAUAUAACAGGUUCCUUUUGGUUGAUUGGAGAUUUUAACAAACUUUCAACCAUUAAACAGCUUAUCAACAUAUUUGAAGUUUUCAAGAAAAGUGAAUACGAUACACAUAUUAGAAUCUAUAACACUGGUACUAGAGUGAAGUUAAUAGACUCUAUUAUCAAAAGCUUCAAGUUAUCUUCAUUGUCAACAGGAGAUAUUAAUAAGAUUAUAGAAAAGCUUUCGAAAGUUAAAGAUUCAAAGUCUUCUCCAGACCAAGAAUCUAUAACUCUUUUGGAAUCAAAGCACUUACCACUGAAUCAUGAGUAUUUAUUGCUUAAUGGUCGUUAUUUCCGUUUGGAUAUCCCAUUGUCGAACAAAGAUUUAGAGUUAAUGUUGGAAUACGAAUUUAGUCAAAGACUAGAGAUCUUUAAUGACAUAGUUAAUGCAUAUCCAGAAAAAUUCAGAUACAAGAAAAUUCUCGAGUUUAACAUCCUUGAGAAGAAAUUAGAAACUCACGAUUGGUUCGACGUAUUAUCUGUAUUAGUUACCAAAUCAUUCCAUGUUGAUGACAAAUUAUACGUUUCUGAUGUGAAUAGAUUCGACUUCAGCAAGUUGGACUUAGGAAAUGCUAUUGAAGUAUUUCCUUAUAAUCUGCAAAAGAAAAUAGAUUUAUUUUUGAUUAUAAAUCCGAUUGACGAAUUUGCUCAGAAGGCUAUUAGCAUUAUCAACUCAUUUAAGGAUUUUCCAUUUGUUAACACCAGAAUUUUACUCCAGCCUCGUGUAGAAUCUGUUGAUGGUGCAAAGAUUAAUAGAUUUUAUAAAGGUGCUUUCCCAUCCACCAAACUUGAAUUUGAUGCUAAUGGAAGAUUCAGCUCAUCUAACGGAGUCAAGGUGAAGAAUAUGCCAGGUUCUACUGUUUUUACUACGGAUAUAGAUGCUCCAUCGAGCUGGGUAACUACUAUAAAAGGAAGUCCCAUUGGUGUUGAUUUAGACAAUGUCAUGUUUAACAACUAUGAGAUCAAAUCAAUAUAUGGUACCUAUCAACUUAAACAUAUAUUGGUAGAAGGUUUUGCAAGAGAUGUAACAAAUGGGAAACCUCCAGCUGGUGUUUCUAUAGAAUUAACAAAUGGGUUUAUCUCAACAGACACCAGUGUCAUGUCCAAUUUGGGUUAUUUUCAAUUGCAGGCUAAUCCUGGAGUUUGGAAAUUUCAAAUUAAGACUGGAAAGAGUAAAAAGCAUUAUUCAUUAUUAUCAAGUACCGAAAAUAAAUUUUCAGCUAAUACUAUCCCAAACGAUUUUGAUGAGUUAGCUAUUUUGACAGUUCGCGGAUUGCAAGUUUAUCCAAGGUUAAAGAAGAAGGAUGAUUUCAAAGAAGUCUCUUUCUUGAAUGAUGUUGAAGAUGAAGAUGUUGCUGAAAACACCAAAUCCGCUGGACUUAUGAAUUCAUGGUUUACAAAAAAAGAUUCAAAAGAACCAAGUCAAGCUGACAUAAAUGUAUUCUCAAUAGCAAGUGGCCAUCUAUAUGAAAGAUUGAUUUCUAUAAUGAUGGCUUCGGUUAGAAAGAAUACCACUAAGCUGGUUAAGUUUUGGAUUAUUGAAAAUUUUGUAUCAUCUCAUUUCAAAGUGUUAUUACCUAUAUUAGCAGAAACAUAUGAUUUUGAAUAUGAGUUAAUCACUUACAGAUGGCCCAAUUUUCUUAGAAAGCAACGUGAAAAGCAAAGAACGAUUUGGGGUUAUAAGAUUUUGUUUUUGGAUGUGUUAUUUCCUCAAGACUUAAAGAAAGUAAUUUUUGUUGAUGCUGAUCAAAUAGCUAGAACAGAUCUUUUCAAUUUAGUUAAUGUGGAUUUGGAAGGUGCACCAUAUGGGUUUACUCCUAUUGGUGAAUCAAGAGAUGAGAUGGAAGGGUUUAGAUUUUGGAAGCAAGGGUAUUGGCAGAAUGUCUUAAAGGAGGAUCUUAAGUAUCAUAUCAGUGCAUUAUAUGUGGUUGAUCUUGUUAAAUUCAGACAAAUCACUGCUGGUGAUAGAUUGAGAUCACAUUAUCAAAAGUUAUCAUCUGAUCCAAAUUCAUUAUCUAACUUGGAUCAAGAUCUCCCAAAUAAUAUGCAAAGACAAAUUAAGAUCUUUAGUUUACCUCAAGAAUGGUUAUGGUGUGAGACAUGGAAUUCAGAUAGUUUAUUAGCAGAUGCAAAAAUGAUUGACUUGUGUAACAAUCCAUUGACAAAAGAAAAUAAAUUAGAUGUGGCUAGAAGGUUGAUACCUGAAUGGUCAGUAUAUGAUGAAGAAAUAGGCCUAUUAAUCGAUCAAGCUCAAGACAUAGAACAACAACAGCAACAACAACAAGAGGAACAGGUACAGGAACAGAUCCAAGACGAAAAUGAAGAAGAUGAACAUCAUUUGGAUGAUGAAGACGAG